AUGGUAAACACGUCGCUCAAGCUGUCGCUGGCUGGUGUUUUGGCUGGCUAUGUCUGCUACCUGGCCGGGCCGUUGGCCUACCGCACCUUGAUGCUCUGGGGGUUCCUGUCGAGUCCGGGUUCGGAAAACGAUAGCCUCUUCGUUGCGGCCACGCUCACCGCCAUCGCCGACACGGCAUACUGCGAAGACAUCCACUACCACGCCCCAAGCAGUACUCUCUUUACCGCAUGUGAAGACAACGACGAGACACGGCACAAGUGGUUUCCCCCUCUCACAAACUUUGACGACCCCGAGCUGGCCCAGAGGAGCCGGGGUUCCAUUCACGUCAUUAACCCCAAGACCUUGCGGUCUCGGCGCCUCAGGUUUGAGAACUUCGACGGCCCUUUCAUCACUCACGGCAUCGACGUGAUAUCUGACACGGAUCAGCUAGACGGUACUGUAGCUGUCUACGUGUUUGCCGUCAACCAUGUCCCUGCCCCAGACUGCCGCAAGGCCGGCCAGACACCGCACGCUCGCUCGCAGAUUGAGAUUUUCCACCAUGUUCUCGGGUCCUCGACCGUCAGACAUGUUCGCUCUGUCUGGCAUCCUCUCAUCCGGACCCCCAACGACAUUUUCGCCAGCAGUGCCACCUCUUUCUUCAUGACAAACGAUCACCGCUAUGUUGACCACGGACUGAUGCGUGCCAUCGAGGAUCUUUACGCUCGUGCCAAAUGGACAGACGUCGUCCAUGUUCAGCUCAACUCUCUGGCCGCCCCCGGCGAUGACGCAACGGCCGGUGUGCACGCCACAGUUGCCGUCUCCAACAUCCACAACAGCAACGGGCUGGGCCAUGGACGCUCGCCGCGAGAAAUCCUCAUCACGAGCUGCUCUAGCGGGGUGCUUCACAUUGGCCAGGUCUCGCCUGAUGCAGUGAGCGGCCACGAUAGCAACGUUACCAUAGUCGAGUCAAUCGAAGUCGAUGCCAUCUCUGACAACCCUAGCUACUUUUCCGACCCGUUUUCCAGCGGCCUGGCCGACGACCGCAGCGGUUUCGUGACUGCCGGCGUCGCACGGCCCAUGGAGAUGACCCUGAACCAGCGCGAGCGGACGGCCAAGGACCCCGUCAAGGUUGUCUAUGUCAAGCCUAGUCUGACUGCGGCAUCUGGCACCGGUUCACGGACGCGCGGGGAGCAACGUGUCCUGUUUGCCGACAACGGGAGCAGGAUCCGCACGGCGAGCGCUGCCGUGCUCGUGGCGAUCGACCCGGCGACCCAUGGCUCGGCCCGUGCUGGCGAUGGUGAUGGCGGUGCCCAGGGGCCACGAAAGGCCAUGUUGUUUGUCACGGGAUUCCAGUCCAAAAACAUCAUUGCGGUUGAGGUUGAUCUAUAA